AUGUCGAAAGAGACAAAGGCGCCCGCGAAUGCGCCCCUUCCUAAGGUCUACACGAUCGGGAUUGCUGGUUUUUCCGGCAUGUUUGCAUGGUUGUUCACGCACCCUUAUGAAAUGUGGAAGAAUACGGUGAUGACUGCACCCAAAGGUACCUCACAGAAGGAAUGUUUGGUUAAGGUGUGGGAACGUGGACCAUUCAGGGGUUUGUCUACGGGAAUCCUCCGCCAGGCCGUGUACGCUCCUGCAAGACUUGGGUGUUAUCCCAUAUUUCGUGAUGCCAUCAUGUCUCUGAAGGGUGACGCCGACGGCAUGCCAACAGUUGCCGAGCGUGCACUUGCUGGCGCCCUGGCUGGUGUCUUUUCCAGUAUCCUCACUUCCCCAGUGGAGGUUUGUCUCGUUCUGCAAAUGACCGGUGCAUCGAAGCAGUCGUUGACGCGUGCGGCGAUUACCGUAUACUCAACUAACGGAAUCACGGGAUAUUGGCGUGGUGUCAGUGCCCUUGCUUCUCGUGCAGCACUGGUGGGCGUUGCCCAAGUCGCUGUGCAUGAUCAAGUCCUUUCCGCGUUGCGGCGUCGUAAUGUUUCCUACUCUCAAUUGCACGGAACCCAACCAUACGGAGACAACAUUGUCGUCAAUGCAGCGAGCAUCCUUACAGCAUUGUUUUAUUCCGUUAUCACGAUGCCAGUUGAAUUCGCACGUGUACGUAUGUCCGCUGAUACCACCAAAGCAAAGUAUAAGAGUGUGACUCAGACGAUAGGACGAGUCGUUCGUGAGGAGGGGGCAUUGGCGGUGUACGACUCCUUCGCGCCGUACUUUUUCCGCUGUGCGACACACACAGUGGUGUGCUUCUUCACAAUUGAAUACAUCACAAGAAAGGUGAAGGGGUGGCGUGCCGCCAAGCUUCAGGCAAAGCAGUAG